UUUUGAACUUUAAAAGUUCCCAUUUUGCUUGUAUUUUUUGUUGCUUCCAUGGCUUUUAAUGCAUUACUGCAGUUAAAAAGAAGGAACAAUAAAAUAAAAGUCGAUUAAGACAGAGAUGGGCAUCUGAUAUUUUCCGGUUAAGUUUUCGAACGCAGUGUUGUCCUAAAGAAGCUAACUUCUUGCUUACAUAUCAACAUACCAACAAAACAUCACAUGACAAUGAUUAGUAUUAUACAUUGACCAACAACAGCUUAAAAGAAGAAGAAAAUGAAUUGUGUUUAAGGAUUAGCUGCGGUUUCUGUUAGAAGGGUAUCGUGUCGUGUCCUGUGAUACAACCACUGGGAAACAAGAUCCAUGUGCAGCUGUAUUUUGUGGACCAAAAUACCCUCAAUUUUCUGGCAUUAUCCCCACACAACCGCACAGCCGGCCUGCUUGCCCUCCUAUUCCCCUUUCCGUUGCUUGUAGUGCAAGUGCCACUUCAAAGAGCUAGCUCACAAGGAACUACUGUCGUCUUUCUUUGUUUCUUGGAAAAUAUCUUUAAAAUUCUGUUAUUUUUCCCUUUCUCUGUUGCUUUCUUCCUUUAAGUGAAACCUCACAGAGAAAGCUAAAAUAGAAAAGGGAAAAUGGGUAUAGGCACCAGCAACUUUGUGAUCAGAUGGAUCAACUUACUCACCAUGAAUAUCUGCUCAAAAGUUUUGGUGCUUAGCUAAAUUUCAAUAUAAUAGAGGUAAAUUUGCUAUCUUUCUUGUAGCAUUUUAGGUUAAUGCUUACUUCGAUUCCUUAAUAUGUAGCUUUUAGCUAUAACUGUAAUAAUUUUUGGGGUAUGGAUGAGCACGCAUCAUGACAGUUGCAGAAGGUCUCUCACCCUCCCUGUGCUAGGCCUUGGGGCUUUCAUAUUUAUAAUAUCGAUAAUUGGUUUCUUGGGUGCAUUGAAGAACAACUCCGUACUGCUGUGGAUUUAUCUCAUUAUGCUGUGCAUAAUUUUGGUGGCAAUACUUGUUUUCACUGUAUUGGCGUUUAUUGUGACAAACAAUGGAUCUGGUCAUAACGUCCCUGGUUUGAGGUACAAGGAGUAUCAACUUCAGGAUUUUAGCUCAUGGUUUCUUAAACAGUUGAAUAAUACCAAAAACUGGAAGCGAUUGAAGAGUUGUCUUGUGAAGUCUGACGACUGUAAUAAUCUAUCCAAAAAGUAUAAGACUCUUAAACAGUACAAGUCAGCAAAACUAACCCCUAUUGAAGCCGGUUGCUGCCGACCACCAUCUGAAUGUGGUUAUCCUGCUGUUAAUGCUUCAUACUACGAUUUGAGCUUCCACCCAAUUAGCUCCAAUAAGGACUGCAAACUUUACAAAAAUUCUCGGACUACAAAAUGCUACAACUGUGAUUCCUGCAAGGCUGGAGUUGCAGAAUACAUGAAAACUGAGUGGAGAGUGGUUGCAAUAUUUAAUGUCAUUUUAUUUGUUGUGUUGUCAAUGAUUUACUUUGUGGGAUGCUGUGCAAGACGAAAUGCUGCUAGCAAUCGAUCUAAAGCCUGAAGAGAGAACCUUUUUAUUGACUAUUCUGAUUCAUUAGUUGAUGGUUUUAUCGGUGUUAAAAGAAUGGAGAGAAGAUGAAGUCUGUAUUAUGUUCUGCAAAGAAGUAAAAUUUGGGUCGAUGUCUUCUGUUUGUAAGCAGUGCCUUAGUUAAUGUAAAAACAUUUGUUCUUCUGAUACUAAGAAGGAAAUCAUGCAAUUAAUGUUCUUGUUCUUGCUUU